AAUUUUCCAUAUUCCAGCUCUUAAUUCAUGUUAUUGUAAUACUGUAGUCAGCUAGAAGAAAAAAAUGAAGAUCACUGGAAUAACAACUGCGGCUACAAUCUUGAUUGGAUUGAAUUAUUUCAAGGCUAUAUUUACACAAAUGGUGAUCCCUGAGGUGGACUGGGAUGGGUCGCCUGAGUUCAAGGCAACAAUUAAAGAAUUGAUCAACUCAGGCUCUUGGGGCAAUUCACAAGAAUACCAUUUCCAGAACAACCCAUCAACCAUUGAAUUUGCAGCUGGUGCAACGGUCUCACCUGGGCCCAAUCCAAAACAAAUUUCUAUCACCAACAAAGGGAACCACAACUUAGAAUACUUGAUGAGAAGUCAGGAUAGAUCUAAGUACUUGACUUUUAAACUUGAACCCAACCACCAAGACUUAAUUCCAGGGGAUGCUGCCACUGUCUGGGUUAGGUUUUCGGAAGAUGGUUAAUAGUCUCUAGAAAGCCAUAUGAAUUUGUUCCUGUGAUGAUUUUGAGACCAUCUGUGUCCCUCAAAAAUCUUUCUAAUACUAUCUUUCAUCCCAUGAUGUUAAAAAUCCCUUGCAGGAAAAUUGGAAAAUGUCUAUUCAGUUCUAUUGAAUCUAACCAUUCAUUCAUGCUUACCUUUUAGAAACUAUAUACAAGCAUGUACCCAACUCAAACAUAGUUUGUAUUUGUCCACCUGCAAGUAAAAAAUACCUCACCUGUUUUGAUUUGUCUUACCUUAUUUCACUUGACUGGUCUCCAUCACACAUGCCUUUAUUUCAUAAAGCUUUUCUCAUCCAUGAAGCUUACAGCUUAUAAGGUCCUAUUGUCACUUAUGUAGACUUGAUGGGCACUGAAUACAGAAAUCCAUAUGAUUUAUUAUAAAUACAUAUCAAUGAUCAAAUGAUGGAAUUCAAAGGUUUCUGGACCACUAACAAAAUCUA